GUGGUACGUCACUCUACUUAAGUGCGGGCAAUGGCAAUAAUAAGUGCAUGCCACCGCAUACAAAAUAAACUUGCUGUAGCAGUACUGUACGAUCAACACCAGAAAUCCCGUUGCACACACGGCUUACACGGUCUGGUCGGCCAGCCACGACCUUUGAUCUCUACAAUAUAGACACACCAGUCCGGAUUAUUUCGGUCUCUACAGACUUGCCUCUCAUACCUGUGAUGAGAACGAAAGCAAAUCAUCGUGGCAUCAAGGCGCACUUCAUCGCAGGGCCUCCCAACGCCAUGUGAAGCGCAGGCAGCCAACUUACUACCAGUCCGACAUCUGACCGCUUGUUUACAGUUUAUAUCCGGUGCGCUCUGCGACACUCCAACAUCAUGGUGUCGCGCAAAACUAGUCUACCGUACCCAGCGAGCUCGUCGUCGCAGGCUGACACCCCUCCUCACAACACCGGCUUCCAUUCGAACCUCAUACCCGACUCUGCUGACCUGCCCCCUGUUACAAGGUCUCCCAGAACCUCUCCCAGAAGCGCGCAAGGCAGUUUUCAGAAUACUGACAACCCGUGGUCUGACGUCGGGACACAAGAUUUGAGGUCGGAUCGACCGUUGCCUGAGAUUUUGAGGGCAGGCCCGAGACCCCAUGAGAAUAAUGAUCCACCACUGACACAAAAUAACUUGUCCAAUGUUCCGCAGGCGCUUCGAGUCGGUCAGCCACGAGAGGACACGCCCAGGUCUUCACUGGACAGCGAUAGGUCGAAGGGUUUCUGGGAAGAGUCGGACGACGAGGGAGAAGAGAGAAGCGAGAGCCCAAAGAAGUCGCUUGUUCCGCCAGAGGUCGACGCACACAGCGAUGCUUGGGUAAAUGUCGAACCGCUUGAGAAGUCUCAAGGGAUCAAAAGGAAGCCGGUGGCUAUAGGCAUGUCGCCGCAACCAGAUCAGCCGCCGCCAGCUCCGCCUUUCGCGUCUAACAACCCGUUCAGGCGACCUUCGCAGCAAGUGCAAGCAGCAGAGGAUCUUCAUGGGCCGGACUGGAGUCAGGACGCGGUUCGAUUGGACAAGGGAAAGGCGCCUGUUCGAGAAGACGCUGGACCCCCAACUGAUUACUUCAGAGGCGUGAGCUUGGGAAGCAGUACGGUCCCUGAUCUGUCGUCCUACAACGGGCAAGAAGGCCCUGAGGCUCCGGCGGAGAAAUGGCAAAACGAGAAGCUGACGGUACAACCUCCUAUGCCACAAGCACCUCCGCCCCCUCCGCCAGCCGAACCCUUUUCGCCCUUUAGCAAGCAGCCUGGUCUGAUCCCAGUCUCACCACAGCCAGCUUCUAUAGAGAAUCCCUGGUCUUCCAACGUCAGCCUUGCCGCGCCAACUCCAUCACCGAUACCAUUCUCGCCCUCUCAGAAAAACGUAUCAGAGUAUAAUGAUGGUCUGCUAGACCGUGGGCAGCGCACCGGAGUUGUGUCUUUGAAGGACGAACUGGAAACAUUGCCGAAUGCGGCAGAGAAUCCUGUGCGACCUCAGGAUGAACCGUCACUGCUGGAAGAUGAUGUCGGCCCACCUUUGCCAGUCAGGCCAAGUCAACAGUCUGGUACCGAUUAUUUCCAGCCACCCGCUGGACCGCCUCCUUCCAAAGCGCCGCGCCCAACUAUACGCACGACCGUUCCAUCAGAAGAGGAAGUGGCCCGGAUGGUCGAACAGCGGAAUGAGACAUAUCAGAUCAAGCACUUCAACUGGUUCGAUCAUAGCUCACGGAAGUUGCGAAGAUCGUCUAUGUUGACACAAAAUAAGAACGGCCCUUGUCCUUUACUUGCCCUAGUCAAUGCUCUCAUAUUAGGAGCACAGAACGAAUCUCAAGCAGUGUUAGAUGAAGCACUCCGAUCCAGAGAACAAGUGACGCUGGGCCUUAUUAUUGAGACCCUGAUGGACGAACUUCUCUCAAGAGGGUACGAAGCCGUCGGAGGAGACUUGCCGGAUGUGGACGAGUUGAACAGCUUCUUGAUGCGCUUACGGACGGGCAUGAAUGCAAAUCCUAGAUUUGUGCCUUAUUCUGCGACUCCCCCUAACCUGAUGGACGACGAUGACUCCAUGUUGGAUGGAUCUCAGCGUCAAAAAGCGCCGCAACGGCUCGGAACAUUUGAAGCCACCACAGAUAUGAAGCUGUAUGGAGCUUUCUCAGUAUCCCUGAUACAUGGCUGGCUUCCCGACCCAUCUACAGACACUUCAAAAGCUUUUGCACGGUCUGCUCCCACCUACGAAGACGCUCAAGCUUUGCAGUUUGGCGAAGAGGAAUUAGAGUAUAAAAUGUCACGUCAGGGACUGACACCGGCAGAACAAAACAUGUGGGACGACAUCAUGGCAAUCAAGGACUUUUUCAAGACCUACCCAACACAGCUGACACCGACUGGACUGGAAGUAGUGCAAGAGACCAUCGCACCUGGCACCUUUGCAAUUAUGUUCCGAAAUGAUCAUUUCAGCACCGUGUACAAGCAUCCCGAGAGCGGUCAGCUGUUCACUCUCAUCACCGAUGCUGGCUAUGCGGAUCGAGAUGAGAUCAUCUGGGAGAGUCUGCUCGACAUCAGCGGCAAACACAACGAAUUCUUUAGCGGAGACUUCAUGCCCGUCAGCCAUCACGAUGGCGCAGACGACUCAUCAACGCAUCCUGCAUCACGGCGAACUUCACAGCUGCUGACCGUGAACAAUCCGGAUGUCGCGACUCCACUGUCGCCGCAAGAACAACAAGAACAGCAUGACGCUGAUUUCGCCAUGGCCUUGCAGCUGCAGGAAGAAGAGGAGCAGCGACAGCGAGCAGAGAGGAAUCGGCGCAGAAGCAGCGCAAAUACACCCAGUGAUAACAAUAACAACCGCAACAGCAACCCGCGCAGAUCGACAGGCAAUAUCCCGAUAACUCUGUCGCGACCACAACCAGAAGUGCGCCCGGCCAUUCCACCUCGUAAUUCACAUGCGCCUGCCAGUGUCGCUGUGAGCAGGCCCGUCGAUCCAGCAGACGAGGCGCCUCCACCGCUAUAUGAAGAAGCCGUCAAGGGACAACCUUAUAUCCCACCACUCGGAAGUCCCCUGCAUCCGUCGGCGGAGCCCAGCCCCAUGAAUUCGAACACGCAAUUGACAGGGACAGUCAGCAAUACUUCGACGUCAGCGAUCGAAUCCACCAACUCGCAUCAGUCAGGGCCGCCUCCUGGAGCUGGCCCCGGCGUCCUCAGAAGACAACCUGGCAGACGAGCGAGUGCGUACAGUGAAACGUCGCAGUAUUACUCGCCGCACCAGCAGCGGAUACCUGGAGGGUACAGUUAUGCUGCGGCUCAGGCGCAGGGGUUUGGCGGCCCGUCGAGGCAGACCAAUAUGCAGCGCAUGCAGCAGCAGCAGCUACUACAACAACAGCAGCAGGAUAGGGACUGCGUUGUCAUGUAGCCGAGCUUGACCAUGGAAGGGAGCAAAGAGGUGGUGGUUUUUUCUUCUAUUUGGUUGUCCUCGACUGCCUGUCGGAGGGUAUUUUGACCACGGAUAUAAUGUACGCGUUUUAAUUUUCAUUAAUAGUAGGAUGUAAUGAGAUUAAAAGUAAUGCAGUCAAUGAGAUUGCCCACGCAAUGUUGAGAGCCGCUGUCGGCGAUACCUCAUCAGGUAUCGCCGGCGGGGUCCCGCACAGUCAAAAUCGAAAGAGUC